GGGUGCCGUUAUAGUUACGUCUAUUCAUGUACACUAGUCCGUAUCCCUGUACGAACAUACCUCGAUCCUACUCUCUUUUUUUCUUGUUAUUAUACCAUCCAUCUUCUUAGUAUCACGAUUGCCGAUAAACGUAUUCGUCAGCUGUCCGAUUGACCACCAUAGUGACAUUGCGACGAACCGAAGAACGCAAAUCCAUACCUCUCGGAGGGGGUUAGUGGUUUAGUUGGCGCCGAUCAUUGAUCACAUAUAUCACAGGAGAAGCAAGAUGUAACAAGGACUAGGAACUUGGGACGUUUCGAUCAGACCAUGCAACCAGUACGACCCCAGCAAAGAGCCCCCGGGAGCUUCUCUCCCCUUCCCGGAAGUAUCUCUUCGGCCUCCACCGCCGCAGCCGCAGCUGCAGCCUCCUCUUCCUCAGCUUCUUCAGCAGCUGCUGCAGCCGCCGCCUCUUCAAGACCCCAAAUACGAAGGAUAGAUACAUCUUCGAGCGACGAUACCAUUUCCAUUCCUAAAGCGCGAGGGCCUCAGAGUCCUUCUAAUUCAGCUCACUCUCCUAACAUCGCAAGCCCAUCUUACGCGAAUAGUCCUUAUAACUUCUCUCGUCCGACCGCUAGACCCAGUCUCGAACUUCCUCAACCGAGAACCGCCUCGCCAUUAACCUUACCACCCGCUCGCGCCGGCCACAUAAGGAAACACUCGCAAACCCAAGGCCUCUUUGAGCCCACCUUGCCUUCUACAAGCACAUCCAAUCUAUCACAAGUCGCGAUGGCCCAAGCCCAAGCCCAAGCUCAGGCCCAGAGUCAGAGUCAACCUGCAGGCUCACUCUCGGCCAGUCAGAUUGCCGCCCAAGCGGCUGUAAUGCAGCACCAGCAACAUAGCCGCCAUCGAUCGCAAACCGUCCCUUUUCCCGGGAGCGAGAGUCACGACGCCGCAAAGAGACCAGGUCCAAAACCUAUCUCUGGCCACCGCAGUCCACCAAUGUUAAGCCUAACCGAAGCCAGUGCGCCAAGAGAUAAUGGUUUCGCUGCUCAGGGAUAUCAUAACGGACUGUUAGGGAGUCAUGCCGCCGCUGCCACCGCCGCUGCCAACGUUGUUUUUCCCAGAUCGCCUCAGUCCUCGCCAGGUUUACCACCACCCGAGCAAUCUACACCUACGGCCCCUGCGGUCCCAGAGAAGCCCGCCAAGGCAGAAAAGUCCAAAGUAAAACUAUUUUCCCGGCCCAAAAAGAUUGAGAUCAAAGGCGAUACAAAAGAACGACCAUUACCGAGCCCCGGAAAAAUUGGCUCUGCGUUGGCCUCACUACAGCGCGGCAACUUCAGCACAACUAGUCUAGCGGAUUCACAAUCGUUCUAUAGCCUAGGCAAUUCAUCUGCCGCAACUAUUCGGCCAGUUGAUUCGCCCAUAGAAGGCAAGGAGAAAGAUAAGGAAAAGAAACACCAUUUUCUAUCAAGACAAAAACAUAAACUAGGUGGCAAGGAUGAUUAUCAUCUCCCGCUUUCCUCUGCUGCUAGCAAUUCUCGGCCCGUUGAUCCUCAUGCACCCUCGAGUUUAUACAACUUUAACUUGCCGCCAAGUCCAGGCCCGAACAAUAAUCUCGGCAAAAGCGUCAGUGGUCUCGAUCUACGGCAUGGAGGACGCGCAUUACGCGAGAAGAAGAAAGAAGACGAGGGCUCCUUUGCUGCUGGUUCCGAAUGGCCCGGGCCCGGUAGUCUGGGAUCAGCGGCGGCUACCACACACUCUUAUCUUUCUGACCCUAUCGAUUCGGGUAAAUAUGGCCUUCACAACAUGUCCCUCGAUGAUGCCUGGCCCUAUCUUAGGGCAAAGCUACUAGUCAUCUUCGAGGGGGAGGACCUGCGAUUGCCAGUAGAAGAUUUUAAUCGCGUUGUAACUAUGCAUAUCCAAUACUGCAUACAACGUCGCUCCGCUCAUAUCAUCAUCGACGAUCUCAGAGAUCUUCUCUCAACAGGCUUCGCUUCGCUUGACCAUACAUUACGUAAAACCCCCGAGGAUAGGUUAAUACCUUCGCUGGUGGAGUUAUGGAUCUUCACAUUUACGAGUAUACUACCUUAUAUGCAGGCCGUUUUCCUCCCCCUAGAUUUGGAAUUUUCCGGCUGCGGAUCUAUAUUAACGCCGGAGCAGGCGCGGGACUUUUGGGGCGGCGUAGUAGCAGACUCGGCAGCGCCUGACCCUCACCACCAAGGUCCAAAUUUCGAGGCCCAUCUCUCGCCAGCUUCGAGUGUUCUUGAUGUGCGACGGCUUGUGCUCAUUUCAUAUCGGAAUUCCCUAAUCUUACCUAGAUACGAGAAGUUGAAGACCAUCUUUUCGCGCCUAUCCCUUGAGCAUCUACCGUCCUCCCUUGCUUCUCUUGCGCUGGCGUCACCGCCACUCCUUAAUGAUAGUGUCGCUUCGCUCUCUACUUCGCCAAGUGAUGGGCCCUCAGGCCGCCCUGGAACAGCCAUGUCAUUGGACCCCAGCGUUGCAAGCUACAAUUCAACCUCUACGACAGUGUUCGGGAAUGACUCCAACCCAUCGCGAAGCCGUGCCAUUAGUAAUGUAUCCUUUGGUAGCGGCGUGUCCGACCCAACAUCCGCUGGUACCGGAAGUCUUCUCAGACCCUUUACGCCGCAAACUAGAGACGGCAGCGAUCGCGGUGGUAGGGAAAUCCUGGGUAGUGUGCGAGAGCAGAACGUGGAAGACAGCAAACAGGUUACGGAAAUGGUUGGGCGUAUGCUUCAAUGCAUGAGUGUGCUUGCAAGCGUCGACACAGGCGUCAACGCAAAUAGUGCAGAUGAAGCGAGCAAAAUGGUAGCCGAGUUGGGUCGAUUACUCAAGUUGAAUUGGUUAGGAAGAGGUCGGACAGGUAGGAACCGAAGAGGUAUGGUAGGUGGGAGGGUUAAGAGACAGGAAAAGAAUAAUUCUAUCAGCGGUAUAUUAAGAGAAGGGAUACACGAAGGUGUUGAGGUGAAUUGAUUUCGAAUUAGUGUAUGUAACGAUGGAUAUAAAACACCAGCAAUUUGGUCAGAGGCAUGGGAUUUGUUGGAUCGAUCAUCAGUUAGGAUGGGCAUCACGGUCACGAGAAAAAUGAGGUCCAAAACGGAAUAUUGGAAUUAAGUUUACUUCGGAUAUACAUUUAGCUCAUUAUAACAAAUGCAAUGUGGAUUGGGAGUGUACACGCGCGAAUAAAUAUCGCUCAGUCUAUCGCCAGGUCCAACACGGCCAAUUAAAAACACUAUGAAAAUGCGGUUAGCCAAUAAUUCGGUUUGAUAAAACGGUCAUAAUGAUUUAGGCGGGAAUUGGCAUUGUUUAGGUCAGACAUCCAAGGAAGGUUAUAUGCCCUCAUCUGCUUCGCAAAAGGCUCUGAGU